GGUUGUGUCUCCUCAUCUCGCGCUGUGCUCCGUCCCCAUCGCAAACUCCGGACAGUUCACACACCAUCAUCAUCGAAGCCACCACCAGAAGAAGAGAGUUGGACAUUUUUCAAAGUCGUCGGUCGUCGGUCUGGGGGCAGAAAAGAAAAAUCUGUGGACGUUUCUUUUUUUUUGUGUGCGCGUUAACAAUUGACCCACCCCGCGGUAGCAGGUUCCGUCGACGCGAAAAGAAACGCGGUCCGGAGUGUGUCGUUUGGUCGGUGCCGUCGCGGUCCAGUCGGAUUCGGUUCGGGGGGGUGGACGUGCCCACGACGACAGAGUUAGGGGGAGAAGGGGAGGAGUGGUCGUCCCAUUUCUGCGAAAUUUCCGACCUCCUCCGGAAUUUGUCGUGUUGGCCGCGACCGCGGAGUGAUUGUGGAGGCCACGGUCCAGGAAAAAUGGUCCAAGAUUGACGGGGCCACACGGGGAUUGUUUGUGGGUGUGUGUGAAGAUUUCUUUGGUGUGACGGAAUUUGCGUGCCACUUCCGGUGGAAUUCAAACUCGGUGUGGUCUCGGGUUUGUGGGGUUGGCCACCGGAGUUGGUGCCCGGCUCUGAAGUCGACAUUUUGACGGAGACCCGCGCGGACGAAGCCACGAAUUCAUGGACGACAAAAAGUGCCAACAGCAGCAGAAACUGGAGUUGUUGUAAAUAUGCCCCUGGAGGAGGAGGCCAAUACAGCAGCAGCAGUCGCGAUGAAGAUGGCUGGAAUUUGUCCGCUGCGGACGCCAAAUCGGCCGUAAACGUCAGGAACGCCUGCUAGCCGAAAUCAAAGGAGUUCUACAAACCUUGUGCGCGCGUGUGUGUGAAUUAGUAUCAGCUCCCUUGCAGUGUGGGCGCGCGAAUCCUCGCCAUCAUCAUUAUUCGUGCCGAGUGUAAAUAUAGCCAACAGUAGUUGUGUGCCGUCGUCGUUGUCUUUGUCACGGAAUAAGCGACGAGAGAGAGAGCCUUAAAAGUGCAUGUCCUCCAACAUCAGCAGCAGCAGCACCGCGAAAAGAAAAGUAAAAAUCCAAAUCAAAUAAAAAAUGAUGAUGUGAAGUCCGCGUGGCAUAUGUGUGCGUGUGUAUGUGUGUGAGAGAAACAGGAAGAAGAGUUUAUGCUGAAUAAAAGGUGCAGAAGAGUUUAAUCGAAUCGUCGGCGUGAAGAUCAAGAAGCAUUUAUGGAAAAUAUGUGGAAAAAGUGAGCUGCGAAAAAAAAGUGCGAAAAAAAGCAGAGAGAUAAAUAUACAUGUAUCAAAUGUCUGGGUAGAGUUGCGGGGAGAAUAGAAGAAGAAGAAGAAAAAGUUGUAAUCAAAUGCAAAAUUCACAACAACAACAACAACACAGGCUUAAAGUAUGCUGAGGGCAGCCGAAACAAGAGAAACGGAACGUGUGAGGGAAGAAAAGGAAAAAAAUACCCAAUAAUAUUGGAGCGAGCGAGCGAGUGGUGCAGAACGGGCCGGGGCUUGAAAGGUUCUAAGGCCAACUAUUCGCCCCUCUCGGCAAGCGGUCCACCGGAGCGUAUAAUCUCGGAUUAAUCGCGGGAAAUAUGCGAAAAAUGCCAAUUUAACCCAAAUAGUUGUUGAUGGUCGUGUCGUGCUGUUCUUUGCCUGUUGUGAGAAUGUGUCAAGCGAAUGCAAAAUAAUAAAUCUGGCAAAAGGAAAAAAUAAAAAAUAAUUGAAAGUGAGCAAAGUGAACAAGAAGAGAAGUGUAAGCUAAAAGGCAAAUGCCAAAUUGUGCCGCGAAGCUGGUGUCACAGUGCCUCAGUGCUCGGCGUGGUGGCGUGGUUCGAGCCGCCGAUCCACAGAGUUCUGAUGGUUGUUGCACGUGGUGGUGGUGGCGGUGAAGGCCCAAAGCCAAACCAGCAGCAGGGCACCUUCCAGAAUGACUGGUGUCUGUUGGGUUGAUCGCAGUCGUCUAGCAGAACACACCGAAACACACGAAACGACCGUAACGGCGACCGCCAGCAAAGAAGCAGUAGCAGCAACAACAACAGAAGCGGCGACAACAACAGAAGCGGUUGCGGCAACUCAGGCAAGCAAUCGGCAUCGUUACCGUGGCACAGCUGAGCAACGGCUGUGUCCAGCGGGAGAAUGGCAACGAUGCAGGCUCCGGACGCGAUAAGCGACUGCUCGCGGUACAUCCUGCAGGUGUACGUUGGAGCACUUUCCCUGCACUAUGAGGCACUCAGUGUGGAGGCCUCCAAGCAGACGACGGCGGAGGAAAUCGUCUCCUGCAUUGUCGAGCGGCUAGGGUUGACGGGCAACAACUACGAGCUGGCCGAAGUGGCCGGCGAAUGCAAGGAGCGACGACUCUCGCCCCACGAAAAGCCCGUCUCCGUGAUGCUGCUGUGGCCGAUGCACUCGGAGAAAGAUUUUCAUAGAUUUUAUUUGCGCGAAAGGCAAAGCGAUGUUCCUUGGCUAGAUAAUUACGGACUGGAUCCACAGAUACUAAGAGACUUUAUACCAUUUCUACUUCAGAAAGAAAAUAGAGAAUACCCUGAUUUGUGCCAAUUGCCAGAUCUCAACGAGGCGACGCUGCUGGAGAACCUGCGGCAGCGCUUCGAGGCUGGCCACAUCUACACCUACGUCGGCAGCAUCCUGAUCGCGGUCAACCCGUUCAAGUUCCACCCGAUCUACAACCCGAAGUAUGUGCGGCUGUACCAGAACCAGCGGAUCGGACCGAUUCUGCCGCCGCACAUCUUCGCGAUCGCCGACAACGCGUACUACAACAUGCUGAAGGAGAAGCGGAACCAGUGCAUUGUGAUCAGCGGCGAGAGUGGUUCCGGCAAAACCGAGAGCACCAACUUCCUGCUGCACCACCUGACUGCGCUCUCGCAGAAGGGCGCCCACGGGUCCGGCGUCGAGCAGACCAUUCUGAGCGCGGGUCCGGUUCUGGAGGCGUUCGGAAACGCCAAAACGGCGCACAACAACAACAGCAGUCGUUUCGGGAAGUUCAUCCAGGUGAACUAUCGCGAAAAUGGGAUGGUCCAGGGUGCGGUCGUCCAGAAGUACCUGCUGGAGAAGAGUCGGAUCGUGUCGCAGGGCCAUUACGAGCGCAACUACCACGUGUUCUACUAUCUGUUGUCGGGGGCGACCGAGCAGGAGCGCGUGUCGUUGCACCUUCUGCCCGCCGAGAAGUACCACUAUCUGAACGCGAAGAAUCUCACGCUGGAGAACUGUGACGAAAAGUACGAGUUCUCCCGGCUGAAACAGAGCAUGGAGAUGGUGGGCUUCUCGGCGGAAAAGCAGCGGCGACUGUUUGCGGUGUUGUCGGCGGUGUUGCUGCUAGGAAAUGUGGAGUUCUUCCCGAAAAAGUCCACGUACCACCACGACGAGAGUGUCCAGGUGCGGAACCCGGAAGUGGUCGGUCUCAUCUCGGAGCUGCUGCGAGUCAAGCAGGAAACGCUGCUGUCUGCGCUCACGUCCAAACGGGUUAAGGCCAGCGGCGAAACGCUGAUCAUGCAGUACAAACUGCCGGAAGCGAUCGCCGCUCGGGACGCGCUGGCCAAGUGUCUGUACGGGGCGUUGUUCGACUGGAUCGUGCUGCAGGUGAACCACGCCCUGCUCAACAAGGACCAAACCGUGCACACCGGCCACUCGAUCGGCGUGCUGGACAUUUUCGGCUUCGAAGACUUUGGCCUGCAGAACAGCUUCGAGCAGUUGUGCAUCAACUAUGCCAACGAGCAUCUUCAGUAUUAUUUCAACUUGCACGUGUUCAAGUACGAGCAAAAGGAGUACAAGCGGGAAGGCAUCAAGUGGACCGACAUCGAGUUCCUCGACAACUCCGGCUGCCUGCAGCUGUUCGAGUCAAAACCGUCUGGUCUGCUCUGCAUCCUGGAUGAUCUGUGCAACUUCCCGGGAGCCACCAACGAAACCCUGCUGCAAAAGUUCAACAGCGUCCACAAGGAAAGCCAGUUCUACGAGAAGCCGCAGCGCAAGGAAAACGCAUUUAUCAUCAAGCACUACGCCGGCAAGGUCAAAUAUCAGGUGGCCGAGAUGCGCGAGAAGAACCUGGACCUGAUGCGGCAGGACAUCGUAAGUGUGCUGAAGAACUCGAGCAUGGCGUUCGUGCGCGAGCUGGUCGGCGCCGACCCCGUUGCCGUCUUCCGGUGGGCCAUCCUGCGGGCCUUUUUUCGCGGCUACUUCGCCUUCCGGUCGGCCGGCAUCAAGCACCGCAAGGAGCGCGCCGACCAGUCGUUCAACAAGCUCGCCACCAAGAGCCGCUACCGCGCUCCGAACGAGAGCAUCGUGAGUCAUCUUGUGACGGUUUCCUCGGUGAACCUUACGAUUAAUCGAAUCGCCAAACGAAUCAGUAAUGCCAUGCACGACAUCACCUCGACGGCCGGAUCGAACAACAACAGCAACAGCGUCAGCUACCGCCAAUCGCUCGGUCCCGGAACGGUCCAGUCGUCGUACAACAGCACCAGCGGCGGCGGUGGAACUCCGCGCCGGUCCUGGUCCAGCUAUGCGUUCAACAACAAAAACUUCCCCGACGGUAAGCUAAGCUACGAAAGCACCCAGAACCAGCCACCGCAGCAGACCUCCGGAGCGUCCGCGUCCUCCGCGCUGUACUCUGUAUAUAGUAGUAACGCUAGUGGUAGCAUUAGUAGCGGCAAACAAUCGGCAGCGAACGCCGGAAGUGUCGGAACCAGCGGGAAGCUGUCGUCGUCGUCGUUGGCCGCACGGAGCCGCUUUGAACGCUCGUCGCAAGAUGUAAUGGCGCGCGCUUCGCAGAUUGUGAUGAAAAACAAAUCGUUCCGCCCGCGGGAGCGACCGAAGAAGGGCCUCAAGAACCUGCAGUCGGUGAAGACCCUUUCGGCGGGGCAGAAUCUCAGCAACAACCAGACGGCGAUCAAGACGCGCAAGCAGCCACUGACCGUGACGGCCCAGUUCCAGAUCUCGCUGAUUGCGCUGAUGGAGACGCUCAACCAGGCGAAUCCAUUCUUCAUCCGAUGUAUCAAGUCCAAUCCGAACAAGAUUCCGAACCAGUUCGACGAUGCCACCGUUACUCGACAGCUUCGCUACACGGGCAUGCUGGAGACGGUGCGGAUUCGUCGGGCCGGUUACAACGUCCGGCUUACGUACGAGGAGUUCAUCCAGCUGUACCGGAUUCUGCUGCCGAAGGGACUGGUCAGCUCGCAGAAGGACGUGCGCGACUUUAUGAGCACGAUGGACCUGGACAAGCAGCACUACCAGCUGGGCCUGACGAAGAUCUACAUGCGCGAGUCGCAGAAGAUGCGGCUGGACAUUCGGUUGCACACGAAGAUCAUCGACAGCAUCAUCACGAUCCAGCGGUGGUUUCGGUCGAUCUUGCAGCGCAAAAAGUACUGCCAGUACCGGAGUGCGGCCUGCACGAUCCAAUCGUACUGGCGGCUGUACGUGAAGGAAAAGCAGGAGAAGUUUAUCCGCAAGAUCCGGACGGAGGCGGCCACCAUUGUGCAGGCCGCGUGGCGUGGCUAUACCGUGCGGAAGUGGUACGGUAAGCUCAAGUCGGGCGUGCAGAUCAUCCAGGCGAGGAUCCGCGGCAACCAGGCACGCGAGCGGUUCAAAGUUAAUCUGAGCAAGAAACUCCAACGCGAACGUGCCAAGCUGCGCUCGACGCAGAGCCUCCCGACAACGGAGCGGUCGCUGGAGAACUCCUUCGACACGCCGGAGAUUGUGCAGCACAAGGCGAAGCAGCCGGUGCCGGCGGUCGGCAUCAGCUUCGAGUCGGCCAUCGACAUAGUCAACAAGAACCGGGCCCUGUUCAGCGACAACAGCCUGAGCAGUGCGGAUUUUAUCGACGACGACGAGGAUGACGAGGACGAGGACGACGACGACUGCUACGAGGACAUGGGCCUGGUGGACGAUCCGAGCUACGUUUCGGCGGCGCUGCGCCAUGAAGCGAGUAGUGGGAGUACGGACAGUGGAUUGUUGGAUCUGUACGCCAAGGUGCCACUUCAGCGACAGGACGACGUGCUGGACCGGCCAUUCCGGAAGUACGACAUUGAGCGGGCGAGCAAGAGUACGUUUGACGAGGCCGAACUGGCCAAGUAUCGGUACGAGCGGGGUCUCGGCUCGAUGGUGGGGAGUUCCAGUGGUGGUAAGCUGCCGGUGCGGAGGGUAGACUCGGGUCCUUCGCCCCGCGAUCACCGAAUACGGUACGACGCGUUCGGAAGUGGCAACGCCAGUAGUCUCAGCAGUGGUGGCAUGAUUCGAAAGCAGCAGCAGCAGCAGCAGAACCACAGCAAUAAUAGUUUUAGUUCCAGUAACGUGGAAAUCGUUCUUGUAAAUACCGGGCUAGAUAGUCUCUCUUCUUCAGUGGCCACUUCCGGAAUUGCCAACAGCAGUAGUGGUGUGGCGGCCGGCAGCAGUAGUGGCAGCGCGCCCACAAUUGCCGCCGAGCAGCCGCACAAGGUUCCACUGCAGCGGAAUCUCAACCGUAACACAAUAAGCCAAACGCAACAAUCCUCCAGCAGCAGCGGCGGCGCCGGUGGCACGUUAAGCCGCCGGGAGCUGCUGUGUCGCAGCCAGGGCGACGAAAUCAACUCCAACUAUCACCUGCAGCACCUUCAGUCAACCUCGCUUACGCCAUCGCUAGCAUCUUCCACGUGUUCGGCCAACUAUCAGAACGUGCAGUACACGACGACGACGACGACGUCGACGACGGGCAGUCCUUCGACCGCAUUCCAGCAAACUUCUUCUCCUCAGCAGCAACAGCAGGUUCUGUCCUACAACAACAAUAACAACAACAACACCAUGAAAUCCAACAGCGGCAGCAACAACAGUUUGUACAGUUAUGUGACGCAGCAACAGCCACCGCAACAGUUUCUUCCGUCGAUCGCCGGUGCGCAGAGCAGUCUGCCCCCUUCGCAGCGGGUGGCCAGCAGCUAUCCGGACGAUCUGGUUCAGAACUAUUACAACACUACCACGCCAAAGGGUAAAGCGGCCGCCCUGCUCGGAACCAAGUCCGAGGACUCCAAGUACGGCAAGGACAUCGACCUGACGCUGUCGAGUGCGGGGGCGAUUGCGCCCAGUAAAACGCGUCGCAUCAAAACGAAUCUCAGUGAUGACUUUUCGGGAACGAUUACCAGUGGAGGAAGUGCCAGCGGUGGAACGGGGAGUGCCCUCAGCCGGCGGGGUGCGAUCGGAACGGGGAGUGCCGGCGCCGGUGGACUCGACACGCUUAAGCGGCGCAACUCGGAUCCGACCAACAAGGUGCCGCUGCUGGAUGUGAACCGGGGGAACGACAUGUACCAGUCGAGCACGCGGAUCAACAUCGGUGGCCACCAGUUCCGGAAGGUGCAGCGGAUCAACAAGGCGGAAAAGUGCGCCAGUUGUCAGGAGAGCGAUUCGUUCGUGAACGAAGGCUACCGAUGUCUGGACUGCAAAGUGCUCGUACACACCAAGUGCAUCCAAAACGGUGGAAUCAAAACGUUGCAGUGUGCGGCCAAGCGGUCCAAGCGAAUCCGGCCCGGUAAGCACGACAAACACGCGCCAAUCAGCGUCGGAGCGCUCGGCAACACCAGCACGCCCAAUUCGAAAUUUUCCGCGACCCGAGAGUACACCGACUCGACGGACAAGAUUAUUAGUGAUGCCAAAGAGCUACAGCUGAUGCAGGACUUUAUCACGCAAAAGAUCUGCAAGAUGGAGAGCGACUGCGAGAAACCGUCCGAGGUGGACCGGGUGUUCAAGCAGGCGCUCCGGGAGUUCAAGGACAACCUGGUGGCGCAGUACAGCGUGGCGCACAAGCAAAACUCGGACGUGCUCAACAUCAAGUACCGCGAUCUGAUUGCCAACUUUGAGCAGGUCAUCGAAACGUCUUCGGGCAAGAAGAACGACUUCCCGCUGACGAUGGGCGUGAACGCGUUCCGCGGCUUUAUGAACGAGUUUAUGAACUCGCGCGAGACCGAGAAGCCCAAGACGAAGCGGAAAAAGGACAAGAAGCGGAAGCACGACGAGCACACGACGUACAACGGCCACACAUUCCAGCUGACGAUCAUCAACAUCGCGACGGCAUGCGAAAUCUGCCAGCAGUUUCUCCUCUGGCCAAUCGAGCGUGGAUUGGUCUGCCAAAACUGUCGACUGACGUGCCACAAGCGAUGCUACCUGAAGUCGGCCGCGUGCAGCAAGAUCUCGAACGCGAGCCCGCUGGGACCGGGCGCGACCGUGGCCGGAGUGGGCGUCACGGGUGUGGUGAGCGCCAGUGGGGGUGGCAUGUGCGACGACGCGGCGGGCCUGCCGACGAAGCUGUUUGGCGUUCCGCUGACGACGUUGUGCGCUGGGAGCGAUGGGAUUAAGAUUCCGGCCCAGAUUUACAGCUUGAUCAUGAUGAUCGAGAUGCACGGGCUGUACUCGGAGGGGAUUUAUAGGAAGAGUGGGGUCAGUUCGAAGAUUAAGGAGGUGAAGGCGAAGAUGGACCGGGGGAUGGGAGGGUCGGAUUACGAGAUGGACUACGAAAGCUACAAUGUGCACGUGUUGACGAAUGUGCUGAAGUCGUUUUUGCGGGAGAUGCCGGAGCCGUUGUUGACGUUCGAUCGGUACGACGACUUUUUGCGGGCGGCGGAUUUGUCCGACGGGAAUGAUCGGGUUCAUACGUUGCUGUCGUUGAUUAAGAAGAUUCCACCGGCGCAUCAUUGUUUGCUGGAGCGGUUGAUCUUCCAUUUGGCGCUGGUGGCCAAGCUGGAGCAGUACAACCGGAUGUCGGCGAGCUCGCUGGCGAUCGUGUUUGCGCCGUGCGUGUUGCGGACGAAUCGGUACGUUCCGGCCCAGGACAGUUUGAACGACAUUGGCCGGCAGACCAAGUGCAUGGAGACGCUCAUCACGCAGAAGAUGCUGAACGUGAAGAGUACGCUGGCGGACAUUGACACGCUCGAUACGGCGGCCCAUACGGCCACCACGCGGUUGAGCACGUUGCGCAGUUCGAAGGUGUUUACGCAGGAGGAAAUGGCCGCGAAUGCACGAGUUGGGGGCGGAGGACAUUUGGAAACCGAAACCGAAGAGAUGCUGCUCGAGGGCCACAUUCAGGAGAUUAAGAAGGAGAAGGCACUGCUGACGUCGACGUUGCCGAGUUUGGCGCGGGCCAGUUCGGACGACGAUCUGCUGUCGACGGAUUUGGACGGCGAGGGUGGCAGUUUGGACGAUCUGAGCAGCAGCAAGGACAAGGAUCUAGACACCAGCGGGUACAACGUGAUCAGCGACAGUGGCAUCUCGAUCCGAUACCAGCCACCGUCGGAACAUGGCGGCGAACACCAGAGCAUAGACUACUUCCACAAGGUGGGCAAAACGAAAUCACUUUCGCACCAAACGCUGGUCGAUCGCGAAGCCUUCCUGAAGAGUGGCAGCCAAAGUGGUUCGGCAACGACGCCUCAAUCACCCACCACGACCAUAACGACCUCCUCCUCGUCGCCUUCCUCGUCGUCCGGUGUGCCCUCGAUGAUCAAGUCCCAAAACGGAAGCACCAGCAGCGUCAGCAACAACAGCAGCACCAACACCAGCAAACGCUCCGAACAGCUUAAUCUCAGCCACUCGAUGGUCACGCUCUCAACGGGCGUCACGGGAAGCCACGCCGGUCCCAACUUUGUCAGUGCCACGUCUUCCUCAACGUCGGACCUCCAGCGCCAGAAACCCAUCAUCAUGCGCAGCAUCUCCGGUGGCUACGAACCAACCUCCUCACUGUCUUCCGUAAACCCCUCCCAAAAGAUCCUCAUCCAGCAGUCGACGUCGAUCCCGAUCACGUCCUCCUCGUCCUGCUCGCUCGGAAACGUCAACAGUGCGACCGCCAAGGACAAGGAGCCCAAAAUGAACCGCCGCAUGUCCGGCAGCAGCCGACGGCAGAGCAGCGGGGGAGGACCACCACCCUCUUCGCAACCGCCGCCGCCGCCCCCCGGAAACGGCGAUGACGAACCGAUUAUGGUUUAAACACACACACACACACACACACACUAGUUCAGUUCAGUUAGCAAUUUUCCUUCUUCUUCCUUUUGUGUCGUUAGUGUGUUAUUGUUUUCUUUUUCGUUUUUAAUUGAAAGAAGUUAACUUUCUUUCGAAACAACGCACAUUUGUUAUAAAAGUGUAAAAAAAAAAUCGAACAGGAGAAACUGUGAGAGUGAGAGAGCGCGCGCGCGAGAGAGAGCGAGACGAAAACCGAAGGUCGUAUUCUGUUUUUUUAAGUGUAACAAAAUUAUUAUAACGAAGAUUUACUAUUAAACAAUUAUUUAUAGCCAGAUUUGCGAAGAGAGAGAGAGCGAGGGAAUUGACGCGUUAGCAUGUGAUUACAGAGCGAGUAAGGUGAGAAUUGUGUGCGUUGAAAAGCAUAAAUAAAUAAAACGAUACGUGUUGAUGUUGUGUAAUAAGACUUUGCGAGUGUAUGAGAGGGUUGAAUGUGUGUGCGAGACGUAUAGAUGAGAGUGUACGUUAGAGAACUAUAGAAUAGUCGAAGAUUAAAGAAAAACUCAUUACACUUUAAAAAGGAAGCAAGGAUGUCAACAACAUGCGCAUAUAAAUUCACAUUUAGAUAGAGGAGAGAAUGAAUCAUUAUAACAAGUAAAAAGUGAAAUAGUAUAUAUAUAAAUAUAACAACCACGAUACCCGACCGAAUGAUUAAACAGAAGAAAAAAACAUAUUUCAAAUCGAAUUUAAUGUUUAUUUAAAAAAAA